GGCCGGGCCCCUGAGGGCGGGUCAAGAUGGCGGCGGGGGGCGGGCGGUACUUCUGCACGGCAGGCCGUGGCAUGGAGCCCUUCCUGGCCCGGGAGGUGCAGGCGCGGCUCGGCGCCACGGAGGUCGACUACGUCACAGGAAAGGUCUUCUUCAGCACAGAGGCGGAGCCGGGCGAGCUGAGGAAACUGAAGUCUGGAGAGAGACUCUUUUUGCUGUUGAAGAAACGCACCCCACUGACGGUUUCUCGAAAUAAAGGGAAAAUGCUGCAAGAGAUUAAAAGCCUUGUCACUGAGGAGCCAAAGUAUUGGCUGGAUGUUAUCUCUAUUUGGAGAAACUUUCAUGGGCAUGAGGAGAAAAAAGAUGAUGUCUCUCAAGAAAACCAAUUGCCUCUGAAGAGAAAAUCAGAAGAAGAGACAAAUAUUGCAACUAAAAGGCAGAAAACGGAACAAGUGAGAGAGACUGUGUCUGAGGAAUGUCAGGCAGGAGCUGGAGAGGGGUGUGUGGUACCAGAAAGAAAGAGCGAUCAGCACUGCCGGACUGAAAGCGAGACUUCCUUAGAAGACCCUUCCAAAAGCAGUGGAGAGAAGCCUACUGCGAAUAGUGAGCAGCUUAACUUCAGUUUCAGAGUUUCUUGUCGUUGUAGUGGAGCGACCGCCAAAAUACUUCCUUCACAGGAGAUUGGAAGGGCCGUUGGCGUAGCACUCAUGAAGCAGUGUGGGUGGCGGGUUGAUCUGCGGUACCCGGAUCUAGAGAUCUUUGUACAUCUUAAUGACAUUCACUCUGUGGUGGGGAUUCCUCUUUUCAGGCUUCCGUUGGCAAACAGAGAGUAUAUCAAAACAGCAGGACUGCGGUCAACAGUUGCGUGGGCCAUGGCAUCUCUGGCUGAAAUCACUGCAGGUGCCUCUGUGCUGGAUCCCAUGUGUGGGCUAGGAACAAUACUGCUGGAAGCUGCCAAAGAGUGGCCUGAAGCCUGUUAUUGGGGUGCUGAUAUAAGUGAUUCACAGUUAGAGGGUGCAGAUGUGAAUAUUAGGACUGCAGGCCUGAUGGAUAAGAUUGAGUUACUUAAAGCUUCUGUGAAAGCAUUGCCAUUGCCUUCAGAAAGCUUUGAUGCUGUGAUUUCGGAUAUUCCAUUUGGGAAGAAGUUCAAGAUCACAAAAGACAUACAGCUCCUACCAGAUAUUCUCCAGGAAAUGGAGAGAGUACUUCGUGUUGGAGGCACUAUUGUAUUGCUGCUGAGCCAAGAUCUCCAUAAGCGCAUGGAUGGCAUCACCAAGUGUGCCGAAAAUGACUCUCCUAAUGCCAUUUCUGAUGGCGCAAGUGAGACUGCCACUGCAAAAGCCCUGAAUGUUGAUGGGAAUUCUUCCUCCUCGGUGAAUGGUGUUGAAGAGUCCUGUCUCAGCAGCCAACAGACACAUUUUGGGUCUCUGGUGCCAGAUGGCAUUUAUGGAGUUAGUCUUGGAAAGACGGAUGCUUUCAUAUACAAAUACAGGAAGAUCUCUACUGCUGGGAAUCGAUAGCUUUCUUGCAUUGUGCCAAAGUGAACUUGAAUCCUGGUACACUUGAAGAGCAGCAUGGCAGUGGUCUGACAGGGCCCUGAUGAUCCGAACGAACUCUGUGCCAUUUGAUAGCUCACCUUACUUUCUUUGGAUGUCCAAAGGCAUUGCUUUUCUCUCUUUGUUUUUUAGGAGAGGUGUAAGAUACCUACUAGUGUUUUAGAUGUUUUUACUGUAAAAUAUUGUAAUGAGACAGAGUCCUCAAAUCCUUGUUUAGGCAAAGCCUCUCGAUAUUGGGAGGAGUUUCUUUGGGAGAGAAAGUCUUUGUUUGCAGAACUGUAAAACCAAAUACGGUAAUAUUAAAUGUAAAUGGAUUUUCACCUUCAGCAAUGUUUUUAGGUAGCACACCUUGUCUGAAGAAGUCUCCAGCUCUUUUUAAGGUCUAGAUGUAUGCUUUACAAUAUGCCUUGCAUGAGUUUGAAACUUGCCUUGAUGAGUUUGAAAUGUCACUAUUUGAUAUCCCUUGGAGUGGAAAAUAAACUGUUUUCUGUAUUAAUUCUUUGCAGUGUUUGCAUGUGUCUAACAGGUAUGCUUUAGCUUUUUAGGGUGAAGAGACUUAUUUCUAUCAGAAAUAAUGCUUUUUCCCGCUUGAUAGCGUUACUCCAAGGGCACAAUGUGGAAGAUGGAAAAACUUGCCAAGUGGAUGAACAAUUAGAAGUGACUUCUACCUGCAAAGAAGCGCAUGGAAGAGAGAGGUCUUAGCAGUUCUUUUAGUCUAUGCAAAAGCAGAGCCUCUACUCUGGAGAUCUUAGAAUUUGAAGAGGUGAGGGCUGAACUGUAGAGACUCAAAGGGAAUGAGGAUAUGGGUCAGAUUGAUGUGAUCCUGCUGCUGUGAGUCCUGCUGUUUAGCUGGUACCUGGAAAUGCACUAGUGCACUGCACUGCAAGUACGGAUUUUUGGCGUGAACCAUUAUGUUUUAAUUAUCUGCCCUCCCACCCAAGUUCGGCUUUCAAAGAGGCCUUGGAGAAGACGAUAAUGAAUUCAUUAUAAGAAAGGUAAUGGGUAACUUGUUCAUGCCAUUAGCUCUCUAUCAAAUAUGCACAGUCCACAAUAAUGUGUCUCCUCUAACUAGCACCAGUUAAGUUUAUUGUAGGAGAUGAAGCUUCAUCUGAUUGCUUAGUUCUUAAUGUAUCCCAGGGACAUAAAUACUGGACACAACACUGUUUUCAGUGAGGGUCUGAAAGAGACAUGAUGAUUGGGUUUUUAAAUUUUUUUCAGUGAAGCUACGUUGCCAUGUUAGAUAGGUAAAAUGUUAAUAUUACAAAGUUAUCAUUAGAAGUUUAAGUAAAACACAGGACUUAAAAUCUGUCCCCUUGUCCAGAGAUGUGUCCUCUCAAGAGGGCUAAAAUUAAUGGUGAAAUCAAGUUACUACUUUGUUGGAUGGUAACAAAACACCGACAGCCGAUCUGGUAAUAGUGGUUUUGUGGAGUUGAGUGUUCUUGAGUGUUGCAUAUCACAUUUUCAUUUGCAUGGUUUUGUUUCCUGUGUCUCAAUAAACUUAUUUGACAAGUAA